ACGCAAUAAAUAGAGAAAGUAGUUCUAAAGCAGAGAAUAAAACAAUUUUCAAGUAAUUUAGACUUGUAUAAUCAUCAAUAUACCGGAAUUUGCACGCACUUCGAGCGAUAAAUUGAGGGUUAUAGACAAGUGUCUUUAUUUACUCACUUUUGGAUGAUAAUAGAGAGUCGGGGUAUUAGAAAAUAUGUUCUUCGACGACUCUAUUAGUUUGGGAGGUAGAACUCGCCACAUAGCCAUUACAAUCAACCGCGAAUUUUUUUAGAAAUAGAAAUUUUGCACACACCAAAUCCCGCUGACAAUCUUCGCAGAGCAAAAACACAACGAAUAUACCUAUACUUACAUAUAGGUAUAUAUAAUAAGUAUACGAUAAUAAUACGACGUACGUUGUGCGCGAGCUUCCUGCGUGCUGUCUACUGCUCUUUUUCCGGUACUCAAAAGCGCAUGCGCACCCGCCGAUUUUCUAUAAUUCUAUAGCUAUAUAUAUAUAUAUAGCUUUGGAUCUUUAACCUUAUUUUACAACUGUCAAAACAUGAACGAGGGAUGUUUUGAUUUUGUUUGUAAUCAGCAGAAACAGUUCCGCCUCAUUUUUGAGCCGUCUUUUUGUUUUUGUUUGGCGUGAUUAUCGCAAGUAACAAGAAUAAGCUGUUAGUAUGGCUUUUCAAAUGCAAUUAACUUCCUUGUUAGGUAAUCAUACCAAGCACAUAUCAGAAUUGAAACAGACUGUUGUUAGACCUCUGCUGCAACUUGCGGUGAAGGCCAUCGACCAGGAGUAUAUUGAAGAAGGAGCACUUGAAAUUGUCAGCAAAAACUUUGAUAUACCACAAGCAAUUGUUGAUGAGUGGUACGCCGCUGUUCUCAUAAUAUUAAAACUGCAUUUACGUUCUCCAAGUAUUACUAUAAAACCUGCAGAAUUCAAACAAUGUUUACAAGAACUGAAAUUUUCUCCAGAAUGUAUACAAGACAUUUUUUCAGUUCUUACCGGAUCCAAAAGACCAGAUCUGAUGCGAAAUUUUUCAAACAAAGUACAGUUUCUUCCUCACUUACAUGCUUGUAAAUGGAGAGUAGAUAUCAUAAUUUCUUCAAGUUUUAUGUCAAAAGUAUUGGAGCCUCAUGUACUCAUGGAGUGGAUUUUGAGCAAUGGAGAGAGUUAUACAUUUGAAUUGUCGUUGUCUCGGUUUCAUCAAUUGAGACAUGCAGUUGCAAAGCUACUUUUAGAAAUUCAAAGACUUGAAGUUUACAAUGUUAUUAAAAAUAAUGCGUGACUUAUACUUCUGUAAAUUUUGUAUAAUAUAACUAUUUUGUAAAUAAAAUUUUUAUUAAAAA